UUAAAAAAUAUUUCAAAAUUAAUACUACGUAAUAAAUUUGGCUUGAGGUUAGAAAGUAAAAGGAUUUUGCUACUUGCACCCCAAAUUAUACCCCAUAUAUAAACCCACCCCCGCCCCACCCAAUACCUCCCCUUCUUUCCUUUCCUGCACCACCCACCCCAUACUCUUUCUCUCUCGUUCACCAAUCACCCUCCUUGCUUCUCUCUCUCUAUCAAUAUUAUCGAUCAAUUUUACCGCAAUAUCAGUCUUCUUCGAUCGCUGCCCAAAAAUUUGCACGGCGCGGGCUCCCCUUCUCCGCCAUAGAAGAAUCACCACUGUGCCAAUCACCCCGAUUGCCUACUUUGCCGUCCUCCUUCGUCUGCGCCGCCGCUACCACCGGUGCAACCACAAUUUAAAGGGUUGAAGAUUUGUGCGUUAGAAGAAGUGUUAAGAUGACAUGAAUGCCAAAUGAGUGCUGGAGCAAACUUCUUUUACAUUUUGAGUUGAUUUUUUUUUUUGAAAUUGAAGGUCUCUGCUAUGCUUUUGUUCAUGGAUAUGGAUCAAGCUUCUCAAUCCAUACGGACACAAAUGACUCUGUAUUGUUGCUUUCAUUCAAAACACCUACGUUUAGUGCCAAUUUUAUGUAUUUGUGUCCUUUUCUGCUGGGCUCACUAGCAUAAGACUCUUGUGACUAUCAUUUUUUGUUGUGCACCUACACUAUGUGCCAUGUUUUGUGAUCACUAAUUUAUACUCCGUAUAUUCUAGUUAAAGUGAACCAAAUAUGUCUCACAUUUAGCAACUUGAGCUCAUUGAACCAGCAAAUUUUGUGCAAAUGUGUACUCAUUAAAAACAUUGAUCUUAG